AUGAACAUCCAAGUCCUGCCUGAGCACAAACUGUCCUCGGUGGCCCCGCUGAAACAGUUUAACGUGGAGAAAAAGGAAGUUGAGCUGAUCCUGGUGAAGGAGCAGAACGGGGUCCAGUACACGAACACCUCUGUCGUGGCCUCUCCGAGCUCCCGCGGCUGCACCUCCGGCUCCGGCUCCGGCUCCGGCUCCGCAGAGGAUGAGGUCAGGGAGACCUGGGGCAAGAAAAUUGACUUUCUGCUCUCUGUCAUAGGCUUCGCUGUGGACCUGGCCAAUGUGUGGAGGUUCCCCUACCUGUGUUACAAAAAUGGAGGAGGUGCCUUUUUGAUCCCAUAUGUUCUGUUUCUGUUCAUUGCUGGGAUGCCCCUGUUUUACAUGGAACUUGCCUUGGGUCAGUAUAACAAAGAAGGAGCAGCUACAGUUUGGAAGAUCUGCCCUAUAUUUAAAGGCGUUGGCUACACUGUGAUCAUCAUAGCUUUGUAUGUGGGCUUUUACUACAAUGUCAUCAUAGCUUGGUCAUUGUAUUACUUAUUUUCCUCAUUGACGAGUGAGCUGCCCUGGCACAAGUGUAAUAACCCGUGGAACAGCCCCAAUUGCACAGAACCACAACACAUCAAUGGCACCUUCUUGGGUAACAGAACCUCCUAUGCCAAGUACAAGAACACACCGGCUGCAGAGUUCUACGAGCGCGAAGUGCUGCACAUUCAUGAGAGUAAAGGCAUCAAUGACCUGGGUCUUCCUCGCUGGGAGCUCGCCCUCUGCCUUAUUUUGGUCGUCUUCAUCCUCUUCUUCAGCCUGUGGAAGGGAGUCAAAUCCUCUGGAAAGGUGGUGUAUGUUACAGCUACUAUGCCCUACAUAGUGCUGUUUGUGUUGCUGAUUCGAGGCAUCACUCUCCCUGGUGCAAUGAAUGGAAUUAGGGCAUAUCUCCACAUUGACCUAAAGAAGCUCAAUGAUCCUCAAGUAUGGAUUGACGCAGCUACUCAGAUUUUCUUUUCUCUAGGAGCCGGGUUUGGAGUCCUCAUUGCCUUUGCAAGCUACAAUAAAUUUGACAAUAACUGCUACAGGGAUGCUAUUCUGACCAGCACUAUAAACUGCAUUACCAGUUUCUUCUCAGGGUUUGCCAUCUUCUCAGUACUGGGGUAUAUGGCUCAUCAGCAUCAGGUCAACAUAAAGGAUGUGGCCACUGAGGGAGCUGGACUGGUAUUUAUUAUCUACCCAGAAGCUAUCUCAACUCUACCUGGAUCCACAUUCUUUGCGAUAGUGUUUUUCAUUAUGCUUCUGACUCUUGGAAUUGACAGUUCUAUGGGUGGCAUGGAGGCAGUGAUCACUGGGCUGUCAGAUGACUUUAAAUUCCUGAAGAGGCAUAGAAAAUUAUUUACAUUUACUGUAGUAUUUGGGACAUUCCUAAUAGCCCUUCUGUGCAUCACAAAUGGAGGGAUCUUUGUGUUGACCCUGUUGGACGCGUAUGCUGCAGGAACGUCCAUUCUAUUUGGGGUGCUGAUUGAGGCCAUUGGAGUAUCUUGGUUCUAUGGUGUGGACAGAUUUAGUGAGGACAUUGAACGCAUGAUGGGCUUCAAACCAGGUAUCUACUGGAGGCUCUGCUGGAAGUUCGUCAGUCCAGCAUUCUUACUUGUUGUGGUCAUUGCCAGCAUUGUUACCUCUGGCGACCUGAGAUAUGAUAACUAUAUUUUCCCUCGCUGGUCAAAUAUGGUGGGCUGGUCCAUAGCCUUGUCCUCCAUGCUGUUUGUACCAAUCUACGCCAUCUACAAACUCCUUAUUAUACCAGGCACCUUCAAGGAGAGGAUAGCGUACGCCAUUACUCCAGAACAUGAACAUCACCUGGUGACAGAGGGUAAUGUCAGGCAGUUCAAGCUCAGACAUUGGUUGUCCAUUUGAUGGGGGGGGUCAGGUGGGAGUGCCAUCAAAUGCUACUGCAUGAGAGAGAGAAGUGGCACCUGAGAAAAGGACAAAAUGAAGUGAUGGCUUUGCGCGUUUCCCAACCACACACUGUACUGUCCAGUCUGCUCCAUUUGUGUUCAGUGGUUGACUAGACUUUUUUUUACAGUGGGUACAGAAA